ACCUUGGCUUUAUACCUCGACUCCUAUCUCUUUGUAUUCGCUGUGGGAAUCAUGCAGCAUGCCGUGGGAACCAAUGUGAGCCUAGAAAUUUGCAGCGCGGCUAUACUGGUAUGCCUUGGUUGCUACCUUUCUACUAAGCACAUUGUCCGAGGUAUGAUUAAAAGGCGACUGGACAGUAAGUUGUACAUAUUCAACUUUGUUACCUUAACUCUGGGCUACAUUGGGAUAUCCAUUCUUCUUUAUCUCCAUCGCAUUGCGAGAUUCGAUGACGGCCAGUGUGUCAUCGGAAUGGAGAGAUUUAGCAUCAUUCCAUUCCUCGUCUUCGGCACAAUCGUUGAUAUCUAUCUGUCUAUAAUUUUUUUCAUCCCUUUCAGAACGCUGUAUCAGUUCAGAGAUAUCAAUCCGACACCUGCAUCAAAGAGACUCCGAGGAAUUGCUCUUAGAAGCUUCAUCGGGGGGUUUGCCGUCCUUACUACGAGCGUCGUGUAUGUUCUUGCGGCAAUCCAGUUCUCAGCAAUACUGCGUUAG